AUGAAAAAUUUACAUCGCCACCGUGCCCAGCAGCAGGUGAGACUGCAGCGCUGGAAGCCACGCCCACCAAAUAGCACGUCCACCGCCCCCACCGCAACGACAAGGACUUCGAUAAACGAUAACUUUGAAUAUGUCUAUUUUAAUCGAUCAUCGAAUUUGGAAGAUUUUCAAACAACCCCAAGGGAGGAGAUUGGAGGGGCAUCAGGAUCUACGUCCUUUAACAACUCGGUAGAUGCCUUUGGUCCUUAUGACGUCACCCAGCGACAGGGCAGGACCUUCGGCUUGAUCUACGACUGGAUCAGUGGACUCUUCAACUCCUGUGUCUCGCCCUGCACCUUGGAGGCCUUUCAAAAGCAAACAUGCUGCGAAACGUACGUGGUCGAUCCUUCGUAUCCUGUACCACCGCCCCCGCCUCCUCCGCCGCCGCCACAGACGUGUUGUGCUGGGGCUGGGCGGCCGCCCUACCUGCCACCCCGCCCACUGCCACCGCCACCGCCGCCGGCUUAUCCGCCACCCGCCUACCCUUCCGCCUAUCCGAGCUAUCCGGUGAACAACAAGACGCCCGUUGUGGUGGUGGCCACGCCCAUCAACUGUUGCACGGUCUGCACUUACUCCUACUAUGGUCCGCCGCCGUGUGGGCGCUUCUACAACAACAACAACAGUGGGGAUAAUAAAAAAGUCACCAUAUACGUGCCACCGCCGUACUAUGGUUAA